AUCCCUAUUUUGAAAUGGCAUAGUCCAAAGGGGUUGGAGGUCAUCAAGAUGGCAGCACCUUUUGGCUGUGGGUUCGGUGAUCUUGUUUUGGCGUCUUCCAGAGCAGUAGACGAUGAAGAGGAAGAAGAGGAAGCAAGCCAAAAGCCCAGUCCUUGUGCAGUUUUGAGAUGGUCUGCUCAGGCCAAACAGGAGAUCAGCGAGUCUCCCAAUGAUUGCAUCGAGUGUUCCGCUCUCAUUGUGGCAAUCGGGCCAGUAGCAACAGGUUUCAUCCACACCUACCUGCUGCACCAGGAGACAGAGAUCCUGGGGAUGAUCGGCAGUGGCCUGUCAGAAAACACCUGCAACACCUUUGAGCAGACCUCACCUGCUGAUGCCACCUGCUUCCUGCACAGACUCAAGUCAGCCCCCAGCGUCAUCCUGUGUCAGUGUAACGUGGACGUCCCGUCAGAGAUGAUGUUCUCAUGGACACAACAGCUGUUCUCCUGUAUCAACAUCCACAACACGUACAUUGGCGUCCUGGCCAGCGCGCCAGUCAGCGAGUUCCGCAGCUCUGUGUCGUUGUCGGAUGUUACCGUACCAUUCCUACGUGGACUGAAGACAAACCAGUUCCAUGGCAAGCCAGUCUGUCCGUACCUGGAGCAGCCCAACACUGUUAAGGGGCUGCCGGCAUCAGUAUUGAGUCACUGUCAGGUGUACCGUGUGCCUGCUGUGUUGUACAUGUGCUACUCUGACUCCAUCUAUGUGGAGAUUCCUGCCAUCAAGGCCUUCCUACCUGUACUCAAGGGCACACCUUUCAGAGAUAUCGUCCAGGAAAACCCACAUGCAGACAUCACACUGAGGAAACUGGUGGAACUGAGAGCCCAGCAAAAUAACCUGUACACAUGACAGAAGACUGCAGAAUUAAACAUUCAUUGGCAACUAAUUACUAGUAGUAAUAGGUACAUAUAGUGUUAGGUAGAUGAAGGUUCUUGUACUGUCUGUGAGAUAUGUUACAAGUGAAGACAGUAAAAAAGUCAACUCUAUCAACCCUGAAGAGGUUUAUUUAGUCAACGUUUUACAAUGACAUCAGUAGUCAAGUAAGUAUGUAUAAAGGACAGUAAAGGAAUGUACAUUGAACAUCCUCACAUAUCUCAAAGAUUAAAUGAUAAAGGUUUUAAAGUA